GCCAGUUCUACCCGUUGGGAGAAAACAGACGCUUCGAGAGAGUCUCGGAAAACAUCCAAGUUGGACAAGAAGUCUUCAGGGUGGAAGUGCACCCACGACGGGACCUGCGCGUUGAAGCAAUGGACAACAGCUUAAGCGAUAUCAACUAUUUCCGACACGAGGACAUCGACGACCGCACUGUCUCCAUAAAAGUCGCCAAGUCGCUGGAAGACCUGGUUGACCGGCCCGAUCCUCAGAGCGUCUUGAAGUUCAAGCUUACCUGCCGAGGAGCUUCGGGAACGGACGAAGCCUUUCUGCCUGUCACCGUCUACAUCCAGGACGUGAACGACCACGCUCCAGAGUUCCAGAACGUGCCCUACCACCUUGAAGUGGACGAGCUGACACCAGUAGGACUGACUGUCUUCCGAGGCGUGCACGCCAUUGACCGUGACAAGCCGAACACACCAAACUCUGACGUCACGUAUGCCAUUGUGGGCGGCAACGAGAACAAUUCCUUCGCCUUGUCCGACCCCCUGGAGGGAAUCAUCGUCAUCAACAAGCCUCUAGACUAUGACCACGGACCUAGAGAAUAUCGGCUUGAAAUUCAAGCGCGGGACCACGGUUCUCCCGAAAGCUUCCAGUCUGUGACGAGCGUUACGAUCCGUGUGAAAGACGCCGACGACCAGAAUCCUGUGUUUACGCGCCAGCUCUACAAGGCGAACGUCACCGAAGCUGCGGUAAUCACGGGCGCUCGACUCCGGGUCAAGGUUCAGACGGACGCACCGGUGAACGCGUUCGACCAGGACCUGGGAAUCAACGCCCCUCUCCGCUACUCCAUCAUUCACGGAAACGAACUGGGAAUCUUCGAGCUUCAAGAACAGACUGCCGAACUAUUCAUGGUUCGAGAAGUGGAUCUCGAAGCCUUGCCUACCCCUGUCUUCACUCUUCAAGUUCAGGCGACACAGAUGGACAACUCGCUGCGCUACGCGCUGACCAAGGUCGAGGUGUCGGUGAUCGACAUCAACGACAACGUGCCCGUAUUCGACUACGACAUGUACAACAUCACCGUCAUGGAGAACCUGCCGCCUGGCUUCACCGUCGUCCAGGUGCACGCCAUCGACAGGGACACGGGCGAAAACGCGGACUUCCUGUACCAUUUGGUGGACGAAACGGGCGGCUUCACGAUCGACGAGAAGGAAGGCUGGAUUCGCGUCCGGGAUCCGUCCAAGAUGGACAGGGAGAAGGUUGACAAGCUGACCAUGAGGGUUCUCGCACUGGAGCGGAAGCCGAAUGUGAACCCGGACGCCAAGGCCAGCACCACAGUAGUGGAGGUCUCUCUGCUGGACGCGAACGACAACAACCCACAGUUCCUGCCUGAAGGCGUGUACGUGUUCAGCGUCACCGAAACAGAUCCACCCGGAACCACGAUCGGAUCGGUGGUCGCGGUGGAUCCGGACAUGGGCGACAACGGGCGCGUGGUGUUUUUCAAGCAGAACGACACGUUGAGCUCGAAGGUACCGUUCGGCGUACACCCGUUCAACGGCUCGGUGUACGUGCUGGACCAGUUCCGCGAAAUCGCCGUAAAGCCUGACCGGUACACUUUCUUCGUCAUCGCCUCCGACGUCGCCAAGAGCGUCCACGAGAGAAGGACCGCCGUGGCAGUGGUGCACGUGAACGUGACCGACGUGAACAACAACGUCCCCGAGUUUGUGGGCGCCCCGUACGAGGCGCACGUCGGCGAAUCGCUUCCCGCGGGGGCCCUCGUCACUCAGGUGUCGGCCAAGGACUUGGACGCCAACACGGUGCUUACGUACUCCAUCAUUGCUGGCAAUGAUGAUGAGACGUUCCACAUGGAUCCUUACACGGGUAUCAUAACAACCGGCGCUGUCCUCGACUACGAGAAGAAACAGUCGUACGAUCUAUUGGUUCAAGUCUCCGACGGCUUUAACACGGCCGUGUCUCCACUCACCGUGCACGUCGUGGACAUCAACGAUCAGCAGCCCGUGUUCACGCACAACUACUACAAUUUCUCGGUCGUCGAGGAAAUGACCGACAACGUGACGGUGGGAACCAUCAGGGCCAUCGACCGCGACUCUGGUCGCAACGCAGCCAUCCGUUACACGAUCUUGGGCGAGCACGCCAAUAGCGCGCUCUUGGUGGACGAGGAAGGCAACAUCGUGACUAAGCGCAGCCUGGACCGUGAGCGCGACUCCAAGCUGGAGUUCCUGGUGAUCGCAUUCGACGGCGGCAUCCCGCAGCUUAGCGGCACCACCACGGUAGCCGUCCAGGUCGAGGACAUCAACGACAACCCACCAUACUUCGAUGGCGACACCUUCUUCGUCCAGGUGCCCGAGGAACAGGACCCGCCCAUAGAGGUCUUCAAGCUGAUGGCCAAAGACGCUGACCUGGGCGACAACGCGGUGAUGAAGUACCGCAUCAUCGGCGGCAACGACGACAGCGCGUUCGCGGUGAACGAGGACACGGGAGCCGUGAGCACCAUCAAGCGACUCAACUUUGAGACGCAGCCCGAGUACGCGCUCCAGGUGGCCGCCUUCAACGUCAAGCCGUUCCAGGGCCCCAACGCCGCCAUAAUGGGCAACCCCGUGGUCAACCUCAUCGUCAAGGUCCAGGACGUGAACGACGAGCUUGUGACGUUUGAGCGCAGCUCCUACAACUUCCGAAUCUGGGAAAACACGACGCGCAGCGAGACUGUCGGCUUCCUAAACGCCACCAACCAGCACAGAGAGUCCGGAAACCAGCAGGUGACCUUUUGGAUCGCCGAGGGCAAUGCGCAAGGCAAAUUCUGGAUAAACCCGAGCACGGGCGAGCUCGUUCUCAUGGACAGCGUGGACCGGGAUCCCCCCGAGAACCAAGUCCAGUUCCGGCUCAAAGUCUUCGCGCGGGACCUGCAAUCCAUCGCGCCAUUCAACACCUCGGUGCCCGUCAUCAUCGACGUGCUCGAUGUGAACGACAACGCGCCUACCUUUGGUGAAGAGAAGUUUGCCCUCGAGCUUCCUGAAAGUCUCCCAUUGGGGACCGAACUGCCGGCAUUCUACAAAGCACGCGAUAUCGAUGCUGGACCCAACGGCCAAAUUGUCCGCUUCAUGAUUGAGGGAUCCGAGGAUAAGUUUUUCGUGAACAACAUGACCGGGGCCCUGACGCUCAUCUCGGACCUGGACUACGAAACGGCAGAAACGCACGAGUUUACCGUGUUCGCUAUCGACGGCGGAACUCCUCCCAAAACCGGGUCGGCGAGCAUCAUCAUUUCUGUGCAGAACAUCAACGAAUACAGUCCCGAGUUCAUCGGCCUUCCGUACAAUUUCUACGUGGCCGAAAACGCGGCGCGUGGCACUAGCGUGGGUCAAAUCCAGGCGUUGGACAAGGAUGGAAACAAGAUCACGUACACCGUCUCCGACGGCGACACAGAGUACUUCGGCAUCGAGGCGGACACGGGCAAGCUGUACGUGCGCAAGAACCUGGACUCUCGCACCGAGUACGCGCUCGUGGUCGCGGCCACAGACGACGGCCAGCCCGAGACACGCACGCUGGGCGUCCAGGUGACCGUGUACGUCAAGGAAGUCAACAACUAUCCGCCCGUCUUCUCCCACUCCAGCUACAAGGGCACCGUGCUCGAGAAAUAUGCCACCGACCGCGUCAUCAUCAAGCUCAUCGCCACGGACAAGGACCUGCAGAACAACACCAUUACGUACAACAUCUCAAGUGGUAACGACGAUAACAUAUUCCUGAUCGACCACCAGACAGGCGAUAUCCGCGUCAAUCCUGCAACAGUUAAUCUCCUUGACUACGACCGCAAGAAACAAUUCGUCAUGCUGGUACAGGCCAAAGAUUCUCACAACACACCUCUGUACGGCUUGUCGAUGGUUACCAUUGAUGUCCUAGAUUCCAACGACCAUGCACCGACAUUCUCGAAGACAGCUUACUCGGCAUCACUACCUGAAAACCUUCCGGCUGGGCACUGCUUCCUGAGCAUUCACGCCGAGAGCGGCGACUCUGUGGACCAGCUGACGUACGAGAUCCUCAACAAGGAUGUCCCCUUCACGGUGAACGCACGCACGGGCGACGUGUGCACGUCGCAGGUGCUGGACCGCGAGCGCCGCGACUCGUACGAGUUCGCCGUGGCAGCGUCCGACGGCAAGUUUGACGUGAAGGCGCCCGUCAGCAUCGAAGUGGUGGACGAGAACGACAACCCGCCGCGCUUCGAGAAGGAGCGCUACACUGUCAGCAUACCGCACGACUCCCAGGCUGGUCGUUCGGUCAUCCAGCUGCACGCCAUCGACCUGGACGUGGCCAACAACGGCGAGAUCACCUACUGGAUCAAGAACACGCACGGAAUAUUCGAGAUCGACGCCAAGACGGGCCUGGUGCGAAUGGCGGCCGGCCUGCCGCUCAACGCCAUGCGCAACCUGAGCUACGAGAUGGAGGUGUUCGCGCAAGACCACGGCGCCGCCUCGAACAUCGGCAAGACUUUGCUGCUGGUCCGCGUCUCGAGCACGCACAACAGCCCGCCCGUGUUUGACCGGUUCGCGUACAGCGUGAGCGUGGACGAGAAUGCGGCCAACGUGCCACUUGUACAGGUGCAUGCCUCGGACCCGGACCCGGGCAGUGCGGGCAAGGUGCUGUACCGCAUCGCGCGGGCCACACGCCGCGAGACCUUCCGCAUCGAUGCGCAGACUGGCAAGAUCACGCUGGUGGCGCCGCUCGACUACGAGCAGGUCAAGCACCUCGAGGUGUUUGUCGAAGCACGCGACGACGCCGCCGAGCCCCAGUUCGCCACGACCAUCGUGCAGGUCACCGUGAACGACGUCAACGACAACGCUCCCGAGUUUCUGUCCAUGCCUCGGCUAUUGAGGAUUCCGGAAACCACGUCGCAGAACGAGCUCGUCUACCGAGUACAGGCGAUCGAUCUCGACUCAUCCGCGGGUGGCAACAACGACAUCAAGUUCGAGCUGCACCCACCGAGCCAGCGCUUCUCCAUUCAUCCCAAGACGGGCCAGGUGUUCGCCACUCAGCCGCUGCAGCCCGGAACUGAGCUGCUGCGCAUCGUGGCUACCGACAGCUCCAUUUAUCCUCUCAUGAGCGCCGUGGAGAUGCGGGUGGAGGUGUACAAGGACUCGGUGGACGAACCGACACCGGCCUUCUCGGCAGUCCAGUACACGGUGGACUCGGCGUCCGUCAUUGAGGCCGGCUCGACCGUUCUCGAGGCUCGAGCCACGGUGCCCAACGGCAGCCCCGUGUGGUACAACAUCACUGGAGACGACGGCUCACACGUGCGCCGAUUCUCAAUCAACCAUGACUCCGGAAGAAUUGUUACAACUACGCGACUUGAUGCGGAGAAGCAAUCCGUCUACCACUUCAUGGUGGUGGCCCUCAACAGGAACGACCCACAGCACCAAGCUGAAGCUGGCGUUGUUGUUCGCUUGACCGACAAAAACGUCAGGUGUCCCAAGUUCCCGUUCACGGAGUACUUCGCCUCCAUUCAAGAAAACUCACCUCCUGACACUAUCGUGCUUCCUAACCUCAUCGCUGAAGAUGUUGAAAAGUUUGGCAAGAUAUCGUAUCAAAUCACGGAAGACAACUCCGAUGACAACUUCAUGCUGGACACGAAGCAAAACCUUAUUUCUUUGAGAGUGAAGAAACCCCUGGACCGGGAUAGCAUGCCGAUUAUUCUUCAAGGCGUCUACACGCUAACGGUCACCGCCAGCAACUACAAAUGCUCAGGAAGUAGCCGAGUCAAGGUCUUUGUGGAAGACGUAAACGACAACAGCCCCGUGUUCGAACAAAACGACUACGUCGUUGAGCUGGAAGAGAAUACGCCACCUGGUCAGACUGUCACUCAUCUCAGCGCCGCUGAUCGUGAUGGCUUGGAUCUGGGAAAGAUUCGAUACUAUAUUAUAGAAGGAAACGAAGGGGAAGAUUUCAGCAUGGACGAGACCACCGGCAUCAUAUCGGUCAGAAUAAUUCCGGACCGUGAAAAGACGCCCGAUUUCAUGCUGAAGGUCCUAGCCGUCGAUUCCGCGAACAACACGGGCCGUGCGAGUGUUCACAUUGUCAUCAAGGACACGAACGAUUGGACUCCCACAUUCCUCAACGACACCUUCUACCUGAAUGUCACGGAAGGACCGCCGAGCGUUGGUGCCUAUGUCCAGCUGCCUGUCGCCGACUACGACGACGGAAUCAACAGACAAGUAGAGCUGUACAUCGUGGAUGGCAACAACGAGAACCAGUUCAGACUUGGCGUAAACGAAAACGGGGCGGUACUCAGAGUGGUAUCGGAACUUGACCGAGACAAGUACAAGGUUCCGGACGCUGCUUUGCACUUGGUCAUUGUGGCAGCCAGGGACAUGGGAACUCCCUCCAGGACCGGUUCCACCACUGUUGCAGUUUUCAUCCAGGAUGUCAACGACAGCCCUCCGCAGUUCGAGAAGGAGGCCUACUACGAGUUCGUUUCCGAGAGUGCGUCCGUGGGCACUGUCAUCGACACCGUCAAAGCUACAGAUCCUGACUCACCGAUGAACACCAACAUGACCUACUCAUUUGCUCGGGGCACCAGCAAACGAGUGCCCUUCAUGAUUGACCCCGUUCUGGGAACUGUGAACAUCACCCGAGCGCUCGACAUUUCGGAGAGCCAAGAGUACUCACUGACCGUGGAAGCAAAUGACGGCCUCUGGAAAGCGGCGGCUCCCAUGAAGAUCUACGUCAGCGAAGCCGAGGAGCGCGAUCCGAGGUUUGACCAGCUGCACUACAAGUUCAAGGUUCUCGAGAACAUCCCCGGUGCCAUCGUGGGCCAAGUUGAACUCCAGACGAGGACCAUUCGCGCCAACAGCCAGAUGCGUUACAGCAUUAUCAACACUGAAGUGCGGCCCUUCUUCAACAUCACCAAGGAUGGAGAGAUAUUCACGAAGGUCGGUCUGGAUCGUGAGAAGAGAAGCAAGUACACGUUUACGGUCAUGUUGGAAGAGAAGCGACCGACGACCAAAGUGAGCGUCAGCGAAGUGUCCGUAGAGGUCGUCGACGUCAACGACGAAGUACCGACCUUCAUGCAGUCUUACCAAGGAACCAUCAGGGAAAACUCACCUCCGGGCACUUUAGUCACAGUGAACCCGACUAUCAUGGCCGUCGACAACGACAGUGGCAACAACUCCGUGGUUCACUACUCUCUCGGCGGCUCGGGAAGUGACCUGUUCACUAUCCUCGACUCGGGUGUGGUUAUCUUCAGCGGUGGGAACCCAGUCACCGCCCUGGACCGUGAACUGGCCGAUCGCUACGAGCUUUUGGUGACCGCCCGAGACCUGGGCAACCUCUCUUCGACCACGUACCUGACCAUCAAGGUGGAGGACGAGAACGACAACGCGCCCACGUUCCAGCACGGACCUUUGCGCGUACUGCUGCCGGAGACAGCGCGGCCGGGUGCCCGCGUCGCCCAGGUGUCCGCCAUCGACGCUGACGAGAAGGGGCCCAACUCCAAGGUCGAGUACUCCAUCGUGUCCGGCGCCCGGGGCAACGUGCGCAUCGACCGUCAGACAGGCGAGAUCUUCGUGGUGGGCGCACUGAAGCCCGAGACGGUGUACUUGCUCAAUGUAUCCGCCUCUGACGGCCGUGGCCUGGCCAACCUGAUAGUGGUGAACAUCACUGUGCUGGACGUCAACGACCACAAGCCUACCUUCGUGAAACCCGAAUACAGCUUCACCAUUGUCGAGGGCAACUACAAGGAUCAGCGCGCCAGGCUUGGUGUGCUCCGGGCAGUCGACGAGGACCGCGGAAAGAACGGAGCCGUCGACUACGCCAUCGUUGCCAGGAAAGACCAGAAUCUUCCGUUCCACGUAGAUGUGCAUACAGGAGAACUAUUUGCCACUGGUAUACUAGACAGGGAGACCAAGUUCAAGUACUAUUUCCAUGUCCUUGCUUUGGACAACGGGGACCCUCCUCAAAACUCGACAGUGAACAUUACUGUGACUGUUGAAGACGCCAAUGACGAGAAACCAAGGUUCUUCACUGAUCCGUACUUGGCUCAAAUUCCAGAGAACCUCGACCCUGGCCAAAAGGUUACCCAGAUCCGCGCCUUCGACCCUGACACUGGUGAAAAUGGCCUUGUGUUCUACAAGCUUGGAGGUGGACACGACAACAAAUUCUACAUUGACAGCAAAGACGGCACCGUAUGGACAUUGAGCAAGCUGGACUUUGAGAAGCAGGAGUUCUACAACAUGACCGUGAUUGCGUACGACCAGGGCAAGCCCAGCAUGAGCGCCAUGGCCAAACUGUGGGUCACGGUGACCGAUCGAAACGACGUAGUGCCAGAGUUCCCCAAAUCUGUCUACACUCUCGAGGUGGCCGAAAACACACGUGUCGGUGACGUCGUCUACACCCUGGACGCUGGACCCGGCAACUUCCUUUACACACUAGACAAUCCCAACGAGGUAGAUACGUUCUCGGUGGAACCUAACACGGGAGAAAUUCGACUGGCGAAGGCACUGGACAGCAUCCAUCAAAGCCACUACCGACUCGUCGUGUCGGCCACCGACGACGGAGACCCGCCCAAAUCUGACCACGCCGAGGUCAACAUCAUCAUCGGUAGCGGACAGGGAGUGCGCUUGUUCCCACUUCGAAUGUACGAGGUGCUCGUGUUCGAAAAUCAGUUGGCGCCACAGGUCAUCCUUGAUCUGAACGCAACGGAAGAAAUCGCUCACAGGCCCGUUCAGUAUGCGAUAGUUGGCAACAAUUACAACGGACUCUUUGCUAUCGAGCCCGACACAGGCCGACUGUCGGUGACCUCUAGCCUGGACAGAGAAGCAAUACCCAAGUAUGUGGUCAAAGUGCGUGCCAUGAACAAGAAGCGAGUGGGCCGAGCGGUGCGAGAAAGCGCGGCGGCCAAGAAGGGCAAGAAGUCCGAGGAGGAAUCGGCGCAUGUCGCUUUCGACGAGGCCCUCGUCGUGGUAAACGUGGGUGACGAAAACGACAACUCGCCCGUGUUCGACCACCAGGGCAAACCCAUCGUGGCCGCCGUGCCUCUCGAGGCUUCCUUCGGCUAUCAAGUCACCAAGUUACACGCCACUGACGCCGACACGGGUUUCAACGGGGCCAUCCGCUACGAGAUUAUCCAGAAGCCCGAGGACGCGUCGUCCAAGUUCCAGAUCGAUCCACUGACUGGCGUGGUGCGCUCCGUGGUUACCUUCUCCCUGGACGGCGGCAAAAUGUACGGAUUCGACGUCAAGGCCGUCGACCGCGAGGGCUCCGAGGGAGGCAACGCCGCCGUAGCCAAUGUCUUUGUUUACGUGCUGCCGGAAACAAAACUAGUCCUUUUCGUCACUGACACUCCUCCGGUGCACGUCGAGCAACACAUUGACAGAAUACUCGGGUACCUCGGUAACAUCACGGGAUUCCAAGUGAAAAUGGCGAAACUGGAACCACAUCACGAGGACGAAAUGGAGCAUCCAGAAUCGUCUGAUUUAUUCCUGUACGCAAUCAACAAGGACACCAAUGAGAUCGUUGACACGGACACACUGCUCAACGUGCUCAACGAGAACUCGCAAGUGAUCGUGCGCUACCUGGAGACGUUCCGAAUCCGGCGCAUUCAGGGCGUGUCUGUGCAGGAGAAGAUCAGUCAGAUGGGCACCACCGAGAUCGCCAUCAUCGCACUAAGCAGCGUCAUUUUCCUGGGCGCCGUGCUGGGCAUUGUGCUGCUAUGCUCCUCCUGCCAGAGGAAGAAGCUUCGUAAACGCCAGAAAACUUGGGAGCAGCAGCGGUUGUACAGCAUCAAGAACCCACUGAUGGGCAAAGCAGUGGCCAACCCGUACGGCGGCGGGAGGGUCUCGGCCGGCCCUCCGCCCAUCGGAGUGCCACCCUCCAAUCUGCAGUACAACAACGUUGAUGACGUUCCCAUGGAUUACAAUGACAGCAUCACAGACACCUACUCUGUAAAUAAACACAACAGGAUGAAACUGCGGCAAACUGCCCCUGACGGCGCAUCAUCCCUCAACCCGCCGCGUAGCCCACGCUUUGAGAGAUACGGAAAGAAUGAGAACGGCUGGUACGACAAUAGGGAUGUGGAGACUGUUGCUACGCACAUUUAGUCAUUGGACUUUGUGACGAAGCCCAAGACGCUGGACUCUGUUGAACAGACUGGGUGUGCAGUGCUCUGCGAGUGGAUGCAUUCCGCGACGAAAGAAAGUGCCUUCUCCAAGCCGCCGUCACGCCCGCCGCCGCCGUCGCCGCCACCACGCUGCAUCGGCUCUCGUUCCGCUAUGCGGAUGAACACUGGGGAACCGAGCACGCGCGUGCGUGGGCCACAUCUGUGCGUGUGUUUUCGUGUGUGUGUCUCUUUUCUUCUUUUUCUCUUUCGUGCGACCCAAACCUGUGAGCAUGCUCAGAUAAAAAAAAAAUACUUGUAGCGCUAUACACAUGUAGAACAAAUAGUCUAUUGCCAAAACCGCGGCGGCUUGCUUCGAGCGGCGUGCCUGGCGAGCCGCCGCCAACUGUUCGCGGCUUGCACGACCGAGCACUGCCGGAGGUGGAGAGAAAACUUGAUGGCGUGAAAAUAGCGGCGACCGCGUGUUGUCGCUCGCGCGUCGUAGCAGCCCGCAUGUUUUAGCUCGCGUAAGGUUGCGUUGCCCGACGCGCAGCUGUGUGUAGUGGCAGAGACCAUUUGGAGGGGCACCACCUAACUAUAACGCGUAGCGGCGCACCGAACCUUUGCCGCUUGUGCUGGCUCCGGGCCCCAGCGAACACACUCCGUCUUCUCCACCUCUGUAACCCGCAACAAACAGAGCAGGCUCUACCGUGCAUCAUCUGGGCCCCCCGGGCAGGGCCUAUGAAAAACAUGGUGUCGUCGCUAUAGACUCGCGCCGCGCGUUGUUCCACUCCUGUAGGGUUGCAUCUCUCAGUGUCCAUAACAAUGUCAGAAGAAAGAGAGAGAGAGAGCACUAACUCAGGUGUACUUUUUUUUUCUCGACCGUUUUUUCGCGGCGGCAGUAUGCUUAAAUUCUUGAACACUAGAAGUCACACGCGUCUUUCGUCGUGUCGUUUCCCCGUAAUAUGUAUUUUCUUUUUUUUUUUGCUGUCGUAUUUGUCGUCGCACGAGUCAUUUCCAUCACGAGCGAAACUAUAAUCUGGACCUAUAGAUGUACAGUCAUGUUAGGGCACUUAGAUAUUCUGUGUACGUGCAUGUGAAACGCGUCGAUGUUUCAAGCAACUCACUGAACAAUUCAAGCUACUCGAUUUUCGCGCUUAGCGGCAUUUUUUUUUCUCGCCGAAGCAUCACUUCCCUUACAUACUCCAGAAUGACUGUGCAUCUCUCGGAAGCGCCACAAACUGAGUAGUCCCGGCGUGUAAGUCAUUUUUAUUUUCAUGCACGUGGAAGUGCGCCAAAUUUACUGACAGAACAAUUGCAACGUAAUGUAAUUGGAAACGCUGCCACAAACAGUGAGAAAAGUCCGGCCGUUCUUUGUUCACUAACUAAAAAAAAAUUCUCUUCAUCGUCAUAUUAUGUGCAGUGUAGUAUGACUUGUACAUAGCGAAUAUUUGUAUACUGCCGCAAACGAACCUAAUUUUUGUAAGAAAUAAAGCUCAUAUAAGUCAC